AUUAUGAUCCACCCAACGACGCCAAAUGACACAAAGGAGGAGAUAUAUGCGCUGAAAUCGAGCGUACGCGUCUCUCUCUCUGUCUCUCUCUAGCAAAAGUUUGCAGCCUUUUUAGUUUUCAUUUUGAUUUUUAUGUUUUUAUGUUUUUAUGUGUGUGAGUAUUGAAUUGUCGUUGAGUCGUUGAGGCAGGGGCCAUGGUUGGUGAAGAUGACACACAACACAGUACUGGAGCAGUAGAGUAGACCUUAGCUUUUCUUUUCUUGUUUGUUUUAUUUAUUUUUUAUUUUGUUUUGUGGCUUGAUGAUAUUGCAAAUUCCCCUUAAAACGACGUCAUCGGCUGGGCUGUGGUCUGCAUUUGCCUCCUUGGCGCUCCAUUCGCGUGCCCUCCUUUUACGCUCUCUGUCAGAUCUCUCUCCUCCCUCUCUCUCUCUUCACAUAAGUCUAGUCUCUUCUGUCCUUUUUUUUUUCUCUCUCUCUCUCUAGCCUGGGAUUUUUUCUCCCUCUAGGGUUGUUUUGGAGUUUGAGUCUCCACCCUUUUUCAUUCUCCCUCUCUUUAGCAAAAACAAAAUUUUAUCUUUCUCUGUUUCCUCAUCCCAACAACAGUCGUAUUAUUAUUAUUAUUAGCAGUUUGGUUGGAGGAGAUGCGUCGAAGACCAAGCUUGGUUCUUUGGUGCAGUUAAGCAGACAUUGGAAGAUGGACUAACAUGGUGAUUUCUGGAUUCCAGAUACAUUAUGAAGCGUUUCGGUUUGAAGCAAUGGGCAGUUGUAUUUGGUCAUGGAAAUGAAGGAGAGACAACGUUGGAGAGCUGAAGAGGACGCUUUGUUACGUGCGUAUGUGCAGCAAUAUGGACCAAGGGAGUGGAACCUUGUAUCACAGCGCAUGAAUACGCCCCUAAACAGGGAUGCCAAAUCUUGCUUAGAAAGGUGGAAGAAUUAUCUCAAGCCCGGCAUCAAGAAGGGAUCACUUACUGAAGAGGAGCAGCGCCUUGUCAUUUGCCUUCAAGCCAAACACGGUAAUAAAUGGAAGAAAAUUGCGGCUGAAGUCCCUGGACGUACUGCUAAGAGAUUGGGUAAGUGGUGGGAAGUGUUCAAAGAGAAGCAGCAGAGAGAACAGAAAAACAAUAAGACAGUUGACCCUGUUGACGAGGGUAAAUACGAUAGAAUUCUUGAAACUUUUGCUGAGAAGCUAGUGCAGGAGCGUGCUGCCCCCUCAUAUCUCAUGGCUACUUCAAAUGGGUCCUAUCUUCAUACUGAAACAUCUUCUCCUGCGCCUACGAUGCUUCCUCCUUGGCUUUCUAAUUCCAAUGUGACCUCCAAUGUCAGGCCACCAUCUCCGUCUGUUACCCUGAGUCUGUCUCCAACAGUUGCACCCUCUCCUCCAAUCCCUUGGCUGCAGCCUGAUAGAGGAUCAGAUAAUAGUAUUGUUUUGGGCAAUAUGCCACAUCAUGGCUCAGUUCCUGUUUGUGGAGAGAACCUUGUAAUAUCUGAGUUGGUAGAGUGCUCAAGAGAGUUGGAGGAAGUGCACCGUGCUUGGGCAGCGCAUAAAAAGGAAGCAUCCUGGAGGUUAAGGAGAGUAGAAUUGCAACUGGAAUCGGAGAAGGCUUGUCGGAGGAGGGAGAAGAUGGAAGAGAUUGAGGCGAAGGUGAAAGCUCUAAGGGAAGAGCAGAAGGCUGCUCUGGAUAGGAUUGAAGCAGAAUACAGGGAACAAUUAGCAGGGCUAAGGAGAGAUGCCGAAGCAAAGGAACAGAAGUUGACCGAGCAAUGGGUUGCAAAGCAUUUGCGUCUCUCCAAGUUUCUUGACCAGAUGGGUGGCAGGCCAAGGCUGGCUGAGCCUAAUGGCCGGUGAGAGAUAUCUGUUAUACAUGGUCAGUUUAGAUCGUAUGAGGUCCGAAUUUCGGUUUUCUGUUUUGUUUAUCAUUUCUCUUUCGGUCUUGUGUGCAUCCUCUGAUCAAAUGCUGUUAUAGGGUGUCUAAUUACUUAUACUGUGCCUAUUGGCCUGGACCGAAUGACUCUAAGGUGGCAUUGCAUUAUCAUUUCAGCAGCUAUAUUACAAUUGUAUUUUAACUGUUUUCAGGGAAAACUUAUGUUUCCACAUUUCAAAUAGACGAGAGAUAUGAUGCAACUCAUUGUUUUAGAAUUGGUUUCUGGAGAAUCAACAGACAAGUCCAAUCCAUUACAAAUGCAGAGGUUUGGGCCCAAUAAUUCAUCACCUUUAUUAGGACUCAUGAUAACAUGUGGUCAUUGGGGCUCCACUCAUCACUCUCAGGCCUCAGCAUCUGUGAGGACCCAUGUUAUGUCUAUGUGGUUUGGAACUGUCGCGAAGCCUGGAGUCUUCUUGUUCCCUGCAUGAACAGACAAUAGCAUCAAAUGACACAUCACUUGAGGAAUGUUAACGACAGUCGUUCAUCGAUUGAGGAAUGUUAACGACAGUUGUUCACGCGAUCCCUUAAUAUGUUUCACAUACAUUAACAUAUGGCAAUCACCAGUACUCUUCCUAAAUUGACCAUAGAAAGAAGAAUCCCCACCACCUUGUAAUGCCUCAGUUCUUGCCUGAUUUCAGUUACUUAAAUUGUAAUGCACCUCUCGGCCGCCUUGAGUGAUUGGAGUCGCUUUCUUGUAAGGGUCACAGAAAUGAAUUUUAAAUCCCAAUCUUUGGUUUCUAAUUUAA